AUGGCGUGGCCCUGCAUCAGCCGCCUCUGCUGCCUGGCGCGGCGCUGGAACCAGCUGGACCGCUCCGACGUGGCGGUGCCGCUGACCCUGCACAACUACUCGGACCUUGAGAGCGAGGAGCCGGGCCCGGGCGGCGGCGCCUCGCGCAGGGGCCCGUCCCCUGCAGGCGCCCGGGACCCUGGCCGGGACGUGCCACUCACUCAGUACCAGCGGGACUUCGGUGUGUGGACGCCUGCGGGGCCCAGGGAUGCGCCGCAGGGGCGGGGGCCCGGUGCGAGCGGCCGCAGGAGCAAGCCCCCCACGGCCCCCAGCCGGGGCGUCUACGUGCUCCCCAUCGGCGACGCGGACGCGGCUGCAGCGGUGACCACGUCGUACAGACAGGAAUUCCAGGCUUGGACUGGAGUGAAGCCAUCGAGAUCCACAAAGGCAAAACCCACCACGGUCCUCACAACCCACAGCUCCGGCUGGGACGGCAGCCCUGGGGUCAGCUUCCAGGCUACUGCGGGGAGGAAGAAGUUCACCCCUAACCCGUCAGCCAUCUUUCAUGCUCCUGCUCCCCGGAUCCUCAACGUGUGA